ACGUAAACAAACUAUUUUUUGCAUUGAAGAGCCGCGGAGUUUGAAAUGGAAAAAUUGAAAAGGUUUAUCCGUCCGAGACUCCGUCCUGUUAUUAUAGUUUUAAUCGUAUAGUUGAAGUAGUAUAUUUAUAGUUUCGUUGUAUCUAGAUGUGUAGGCUCGGUGGCUCGGGGCAUAUGACUCAGACUGGGUUAUCAUUACGGGUAGAUCGUGAUACCCUGAUUGUUAGGUAGGUAUCGACCGCAGAAUGCAGAUUGGAGGUGCCGUGAAUCACAUCGUGAACUCACUGAGAUUGAGAUAAGAUCUUGAUUGUGCUCCGUUAUUGAUCGAAGCAUUAAGAUCCUGGGUUUUGCCACAAAUCCAUACCAUACUGUGCAAUAUUUUGAUUGUAUGAUUGCCAGAGCCAUUACGGGGUUUGCCAGCUCCGAUGUUUCGCUGAGACGCCCUCGAAUUUUAAGGCCUUCAAAAUGAGGAGUAGAAGUUUCCAUCACAUUUUGAUCUACCGUGACGUGAUCAUCGGUCAUUGAAACCAAGACGAGAGUGGCGAUGUGGAACGAAAACUCCGGAUCUCUCCCUGAUCCGGACACCCUAAUCCAGUUUCUCCUCACGCCGAUGAACAAAACUGGCGCCGAAGAAACGGUGCCGAAGAAAAAUGAAUCAAAGGGGGACGAGUCCGGCGGCUCGACUCCGGCGCCGGCCCCCGCGCCUCCGCCGGCCGCCGAGUCGGACGACUGUGUGCGCAGUCGGAUCCAGCGGCUGGAGCGGCAGCUGGAGGCCAUCCGCGCCUCGCAGCAGGCGGCCGCCUCCCGGUCACCCUCGCCGCCCGUCCGCGAGAAACGGGUCACGUUCGCAGUGAGUAACAGCGAGCGGUCGGCCUCGGAGUCGGAGGCUGACACGGCCGCCGGCGACGUCCACUCGGACCCGGACGUCAUGGCCAUGCUCACACCGCAGGCCUGCAAACUCUGCUCCGCCUACGCUCAGCGUUACCGGGAAGAGCAGCGGGAGCGGGUCAAACAGGAGGUCACCUCGGCCACCCUGGGCCAGGCGCUCUGUGCUGCAGAGGCAGAGAGGGACAAACUCAAGGCCGGCCUCGGACAUAUACAGAACGAGAUACAGCGUAUGAAGGAGGAGACGGUGCGGCUGGAGGGGAGCCGGGACAAGACGGUCCGGGAGCUGCGCAGAUCUGAGGAGGACCGCAGCGACCUGCAGCUGAAGCUGAAGGUGAUGUCCGAGUGUGUCCGUAAGCGGGACCUGGAGCUGUCCAUCCAGCGGCAGGCGCUGGACGACCGGGACCGACGCAUGAAGGACGCACAGAGCGAGGGACACGCGACGACCAACAAGCUGCUGGUGGCUCAGGAGCAGCUGCAGCAGCUGAAGGCAGAACACGCGGCGCAGACGCAGAAAAUCACCGAGCUCAAGGACCUGCUGGCAGAGCGGGAGAAACAACACAUGGCCGAGAUGAAGAAAAAGCACUGCGCCGAUAACCCGGCCGUCCAGAAACUGAUCAUCAAGGCGGCAGACGAGGCCCGCACUGCCGCCCUGAAGGAGGCGGCCGCCGCCCGGACCAAGGCGGAGCGGGAGACCGCCCAGCUGAGGAAGGACAACGAGAGGAUGACCGCCGCGCUGGCAAAGUUCAAGGAGAGGUUCACGGAGCUGGCAGACGACAAGUCGGCGGCGCUGGAGAAGAUGGAGCGACAGAAGCGACAGCUGGACGAGGCAGCCGUCGCCGACAAACAAAAGGACCAGAAAAUCGGCGAACUUAAUCAGACGCUGAAGUCGGUACGGGAGGAGAUUGAGAAGCUGGAGGCGCAGCGGAAGGCCGACCAGACGGCCCACAGCGCCGCCGUGGCCUUCCUCGAGAACAAGGUAAAACAGCAAACGGCAGCCCAAGACCUGAUCGCCAAGGAGAUAGCCGACGCCGAGCAUGUCAAGAAACAGCUGGAGGAGGCGGAGAAGCGACUCUCGGAGGAGACGACGCUGCGCCGCGCCGGCGACGCGCGACUCUCCGUGCUGAAGAAGCAGCUGGACGAGAUGACCGCCGAACACACGGCCGGACUCGGCAAGCUGCAGAAACAGCUGGAGGAGGCCAGAGCCGAGCUGGCCAAGUCGAAGGAGGCGGUCGCCGCCAAGGAGAAGCAGGUGACGAGCGUCACCGACCAGCUGCGCCAGACCAAGCAGGCGGCGGCAGCGGCGGCGGCGGCCCACAACGCCUCCCGAGGCCGCGGGGACGCCUCCUCCGAGCUGGAGACCGAAAAACGCCGCAGCCACCGGCUUCAGGUGGAGCUGGACCGUCUGACGGAGAACAAGGCGCAGCUCAUCAGCCGGCUGGAGCACGCGGAGCGCGAGCUCGACCGGUGCGCCAAGAAGAACGAGGGCUGGUCCAAACUCUGGGAGGAGAAGGUCGAGCUCAUCAGGAAACUCGAGAGCCAGGUGAAGAUGGGCCGCUCCAUGAACGAUGACAAGGUGGUGAACCUGCGCCACGAGCGGGAUCGGGCCAUGGACCUGGCCAAACAGGCCGCCAAAAAACUGCAGACGCUGGACUCGGAGUACCAGGCCAAGAUGGACGAAAUGCACGCGCUGUUCGAGGCGCAGCUGGACGGUGUGCGCGCCGCAAAGGACCACGAGCUCAAAAAGAGCGCCGAACGGGUUCAGCAGAUAGAGCAGAUGCUUCGGGAGGUCUCUGCCGAGACGGCGGCCAGCCGCUCCUCGCUCGAGGACAAGAUGCGGCGCAUCCACCUCAUCACUCAGAGUUUCGAGCCGUGACGUCUUCAGUCCGCCGCUCCGUCCGUCAGUCGGUGGCGCCCGUGGUAAAUUGUCCGCGAGUACCCUAGUCUAAUCCUAGUCUGAUCUCUAGUCCAGUCUAGUCUAGUCUGUUAUCUGUGUCGCUCAUAGUUGUUAGCAGCCCGGCUUCGGGUCAAUAAAUCGCCAGUGUAUAAUGCGAAUGUGGAGAAA